UCCGCUGCGCAGCGGCGGACGUCUCCGCUCUGACUGACGCCAGCCUUCGAUUGCCGCCGCCGCCGUUGUCUGUGGGAAACCUCGCGAAGGCCGCUAGCCGAGCGCUACCUGUGCUCCGCUGUCAGCGACAUGUCUGAUGAAAAAGAUUCCCUGAGGGGAGACGAAGAGAAAGGAGAGGAGCCGGCGGUGCGCGCCAUCCCCCGGAGUGCGUUCUCUCUGACGCAGGCGGGGGAGGUGGACCCCCUGAAGCUGGAAGCGGCGUUGGCGGCUGACGGCUUCUCUGACUGCUGCUCCGAGGACUGCUCCGACGACCUCAGCUGUGCGGCAGCCCACAUAGACCCCAACCUCCUCCUGCUUGUGGCCGACGAGGAGAAAUGCCGGAAUAUCCGCAGGCAGUACCGGCAGCUCAUCUACAACGUCCAGCAGAACCGGGAAGACAUCGUGAACACGGCGAGCGACUCCUUAACCGAGGCUCUGGAGGAAGCCAACGUCCUGUUCGAUGGAGUGAGCCGAACCCGGGAAGCCGCGCUCGAUGCCCAGUUUCUCGUUUUGGCUUCUGAUUUGGGUAAAGAAAAGGCAAAGCAGCUAAACUCUGAUAUGAGCUUUUUUAAUCAAGUAGCAUUUUGUGAUUUUCUGUUUAUUUUCGUGGGUCUCAACUGGAUGGAAGAUGAUGAGCACGAUGCGUUGAAUGGUUGCGAUGAUAACAUAGUUCUUUCCUUCUGGGAGACAGUCCAUAAGGAAGCAACAUCCUGGAUGUCGCAAGCUGAAACAUUCCACUUUAUUUUCGGUUCUUUCAAGUCCGAGUCUUCUGCGCCAAAGCGGCGACCUGGACACCAUAAAAAAGCUCACAGGGUGGAAGAAAAUGUGGAUAUGCCUACAAAGCUGAGGAGGCUGGACCUGAGUAGCAAUCAAGAAGGGACAGAAAAAGAAGUAGAAAGAAUCUUGGGGUUGUUGCAAACGUAUUUUCGAAAGUAUCCUGACACUCCUGUGUCCUAUUUUGAGUUUGUGAUUGAUCCGAAUUCUUUUUCUCGCACCGUGGAGAAUAUAUUCUACGUUUCUUUCAUUAUAAGGGAUGGUUUUGCAAGAAUAAGGCUUGAUCAAGACAGGCUGCCAAUAUUAGAGCCAAUUAACGUUAACCAAGUGGGUGAGGACAAUGAUCCCAGUUCCCAUGGCAGGAAACAAGGAGUUAUAUCUUUGAGUUUACAGGACUGGAAAAAUAUUGUGGCAACUUUUGAAAUUUCAGAGGCUAUGAUCACAAGCUCUUACUAAAUAUUUUUGUUCUUAGUAUAGGGUGCAUUUGGUGGCUUUUCUAAAGUAUCAUCUCAAAAUAGAGUGUAAAACCUAAAUAGAAGCCCAUAUUGUAUCUUGUAAAGUGAGAAAAUAUUUUCAAGAACAUCAGAAUUUGUCUUACUGUGCAGUGUAUUUUUCUUGGUAGUUUAUAAAGUUGUCAUGAACUUCUGUUAUUUAAAAACAAUCACUGGCAUGUUCAUGGAAAUUUUUUUUUUGAAUGUCCUUUAAGACUUUAUUAAUAAAAUUCAGUUCCAAAUUUCAUAAAUUUAAAGGUAUUUUAUAAUUUGCAAAAAAUACCAGUUAUGCUCUGUGAUAUUGUAUUCCUCUGUUACAGGGAACCAAGAGAAUCCCAUAUGGGACUCCUAGUCAGGUUGGGGAAAAAGUAGGUAAAAAAAAAAAAUGCUAAAUUGAAGAAAGACUAUCUAUAGGGCAAUGAAUGUGCAAUGUUAGCACUGUAAAAAAAACCACAAGCAGAAAAACAGGUGCCUUGCUUCAUUGCUAGGAAGACUCAGUAAGGUUAUUUAGUGGGUACCCACAUUCUAAGUAAUUCUCCCAUGAUUAGAUCAAAAGAAAUACAGUAUCUACUGUAGUAGAUGAGGUAUCAACUAAGUGCUGAAACGUGAGUAGGAAUUAAUUGGUCACAGGUAGGAACGGUAUACUGGACAUGGAGGCCAAAUAUAGGGAAUUGUGAGAGGUUUAUGGCGUUAGAGAACCAUAAGAUCCCUUUGAAAACUAUUCCAGUUGGAUGUUAAACUGGGCAAAAAUGAAUUACCUUUUCUGUUAGUAUUUUCAGAGGUAGAAGAUAUUUUUGUUAGAUUAUUUCAAACAAAAUCAACAUCUAGUUCUAGUCUUUAUCUGCUUGGUUAAUUUCUUCUUUGACUCCUAGUUUCUCUUUGUAAUUUCUGCUGGUACACUGUGUGUCCUUCAGAAAUCAGUGAUGUGUCAUUAUGUAACAGCCUUGAAUAUCUGUUCUCAAUUCAUUUUGUGCGUUUCUUAAUAGGGCUUUCAGUUCCUGGAACUGCCCCUGUUUCAACUGAAAUGAUUGAUUAAUUUAUUCAUAAAGCCAUAAAUGCUCUUUUUUCUUUUUUAAAAUAUAAAUCAUUGCCUUAUUUGGAGGUUAUUCCCAAAAAUUUGGGUUUGUAAGAAAAUAGUUUUGAAGAUGCAGUGAGCAUACCUAUAAGCUCCUUUUCUUAAACCCUAUAGGAAUUUAAUGUUCGGUACUGGUGGAUUUUGCCAUUAAACAUUAUUUGGCAGGUGGAUACGUAUUUUGCAUAGCAAUAAUGAUAAAUUUUUCUGUUAAGUCUAGUGUGGUAUGGAGAGGGGAAAUCCAAAGACUAAAUGAAUGACAUCAAGAUUGAGAGGAGAGGUUUUUGUAUGUGUGGGUAAGGUUCUUCUUUAAUAAUAGUGAAGUUGUUGUUUUUUUUUAAGCAGAAAUAGAAAUUUCUUAUGAAACUUGGCCAAUUAUUUUCCUAACAAAUGAACCGUUAGAUUUCCUAGUCAGUUUGUAGUGGAGGUUCUGCAUGUCAUGAUCUUUGAU